UAAGCAUUCAUUGAAAUAUUUGAGAAAUUAAAAUGGAGUUUGAGUUACCUCAAUAUAAUUUUAAUGAAAAGCCUCCUUCUUCAUCAAAAUUGCCAUUGAUUAUAUUAGUAGCAAGGUUAAUUACUAUAGUUUGUAUUGUGGUUUCUAUAAUUGUGUUGAGGAGUAAUAACGUUACUUUGGAUAAUGGAGCCAAACUUGAAUAUGAUUAUUACAACUCAUACAGGUACAUGUUUGCUGUAAUGAUAGCUGGAAUUAUAUACAAUACAUUGCAUAUUCCAUUUGCAGUAUAUUAUCUCAUAGCAAAGAAACAUCUUAUAAAGCACAAGAGCUUUCACAACUUUCAAUUUUAUGGUGAUAAGAUUGCAUUUGGCAUAAUAGCAACAGCAGCUGGGGCAUCACUAGGUGCAACUGUGGAUUUACAAAAAGUUGUUUAUACAGAAAAUAACUCAAAAAUUGAUUACUUUUUGGGAUUAAUGUAUAUUCCAAAUGCAUUUCUUGUUGCUGCAUUUGUGAGCUCUGGAAUUUCUUCUGUCCUAUCAUCUUUGAGUCUCCAAAAGAGUGAAUGAUUAUAUUCUGUAAUUAUAUAUAAUUCUAUGUUUAAGAAAUUUAAAAAAUUAUU